AUAGCUAAUGUUUUGUCUGCGCGCUAUCAAAUAUACAGUUGGAUGCAAGCCUGGUGCGCAAAAGGUAGAUAAGUAAAUUCCCUGUUUAACUUAUGACCAGGCUUAAAAAUAACAGUAAUGUAAUUAUCACUGCCGUUUUACCAUUGCUGUUCUACGAGGACUGCCUCCACACGCUCUCUAGCACAUCCAUCCCUGUGUGUUGGAAUUGCCAGAGGUUCUGUAUUCACAAGACAUUCCCUGGACAUGGAGUACCCCCCAAGCAAACGUCUAAAGGGGUUUAAACAUGAAGCUCCACCUGAACACGACCCUUUUGGAGAUGAAGAAUUCACACAAGAUGACUUAGAUGAGAUAGACAUAAUUGCAUCACAGGCAAUCACAGGGGAUGUUCCAGCCCCUGGCAUGAACAAUUCUGUUGGCACAUGUCCAGGAGAGCAGCCCAAACCAGCAGUGCACGAGGGAAGGAGAACUUUUUCUCUUGGAAGCAGUCAUCACUUUAGUAACAGUGCAGGUGGCAGCAACAUAACUAAUAGUUCUGAACAAAUAGACGCUGAAGGUUUUGGUAAAUUUCAGAAAAACAAGGACAAAAAUGAUGCAUACUAUAAUAAACUGGAGGCACAGCAAGCAGAGCUGAAGGAAAAGCUGAAGAAGGUAGAGGACGAGAUUCUGAUGAAGAAUGGAGAGAUCUGUGUUCUUCGUGAUUCCCUCAGGCUUGCCAACCAGGAGAGGGAUCAGCAGAGACAGGCCCAGCUGCUGCUGGAGAGAGAGAGAGCCCAUGCACAGAGUGAGAGAGAGAAAGAACUUGCCAAGAAGGUUCAGUCGUUGCAGUCUGAGCUGCAUUUUAAAGAAGCUGAGAUGAAUGAAAUGAAAAGUAAGCUUCAAACUUUUGAGCGUGGAGGGAAACUGCUCGGCACACCCACAAGAAACAGUGUGGCCUCACCCGUAGGUCGCUCAUUUAUCACCAAGGAAACCUUCUCAGCUGAGCUAUCCAAGAGGCCUUCACCAAUCAAACAUCAAGAUGGUAAAGAAAAUGAGACAGCUGCCGAUCUUAAAGAAGAGACCCGCUCAGUUGCCUUCCAUAUCUCAGAUCAUCAAGGGCCUGUUUUAUUGAACCUGCUGCUCCAGCAUCCUCUGGACCCAAGCUCCCUGGGCCUUUGUCACCUGUUAUGUAUCAGUCCCGAUGUUCUGCCAAACCUCCUCUCACAGUCCAACUAUGUCAGCUUGGGAUCUUCAUCUGUCUCCAGUAACUCCGUCACAGACUCCACAAUGCUGCACCGAUCUCAAGGUGACUUGAGUCAGCUCCAGUGUCUGGCCAUGUCGGGGUUGACCACACUGGCCUUUAGUCACACCUCACACAUCCCACAGAGCCCUGAUUCUGUUACCCAGACCACACUGAGGAGCUGCCCUGGGGCUGUUCAUCUCCUUCCCUUGCUCUGUCACCAUAUCGGCCUGUACUGCCAAACGCUUGAGUCCAUCGACAGCUCGGGCAAAAGUCCACUCCAAGGCAGCUCCCUGUCAGGCUCCUCAGAGGGCACCCAUGGCUCUACUGUUGAGGAAUCUUUGGGAAGUCAAGAAGAGUUUGCCUUGGCAGCCGUGAAAGCUGUGUAUCACAUCGUGUCUCGGAGCACUGAAGCCGUACGUACGAUAUUGUCGUGUCGGCCUCAGGAGAAUGCGGUACAGCCUGGAGGCACCGCGCAGCAUGCUAACCAGCCAGAGUGCUCAAGGGCUCCCGAGGCCUCGGACAGAAUAAGUGAAGGACUGCAGACACAGCACCCUCUGUUAAAGAAGCUGCUCCAGCUGGCAGACCCCACGUUCGUCUGCAGUGCCAACCAGAUGGAAUGUGUAGUCAACAGCAGUCUGAGGGCUCUGUGCAUGCUGGCUGAUAAAGCUGAGGAGGAGGAGCUCUGGCGAUUCAAGUGUGUGAUGUCUAGUCAAGCUUUGACAAGAUGCAUGUCUCUUGAAUCAUCAUACCAAACUGUUUGUCUGUCUGUGAGACUACUGGCCAUCAUAAUCCACAGUGAGGAGUUAGCUACCCAGCUCUGUUCACAUUUUUAUGCCUGUCCACUUCUCAAAGUGUUCCUGUAUAUAACUUCCAGACCAGACAAGACUGUAACACAGGAUGCAUGGUGUCAUUUGGAGAUUGAGGUUGUGCGUUUAUUGAUGAAGUUGUUUACUCAGAGGGCAUCUACAUGGGCUGCUUUUAUUGAUUCCUCUUGUCAGUGCAACAGCGAGGUUGUGCGGACCCUGGUAGUGGUUUUACACAGACAGUGGUUGGUCGUUAAAAGGCGAGACUGUCAAACGGCCGGUGCCCAGGUCUGGGCCAGUCCCAGGGUUCAGUUACUGAGGGAAUGCCUCAUGUUACUACACUGGCUUCUUCUAAAUGAUUCCCUUUUCUCUGAGCACUGCCUGGAUGUUCUGCAUAUGUACGAGCAGGUCAUCCCAGCCAUCAGAGACACGUUUCGCAAGAUCUCCAAUCUCUCUGAGGGUGAAGAAUUAGCCUUGGAGGAAAUCUGUGGACCUGAAGCAGAUGACGGUGAAGAUAUGGAGAUUGAUGCAGGGUCCUAACAACCUGUCGACUCACUCAGGACUUACAUAACCAUGUUAAACAGAAUGCACUAUUAUGAAUACAUUUUGACUGGACACUUCAAAUUCUGACUGUGAACUAUGCUUCAGUUUC